GUGCAACCAAAGCUCCUGCCAAUUUCUUGGCCCGUGCGCCCCAAAGAUGGAUGCCAUGGCACAGCCUUUGAAGAGGAGCCCGCCUUCCAAGCUCAACGUGGCCAGGGUGGCCAAGGUGGCUGCGGCGGCGGCAGCGGCGGCCGCAAGAACCUCAGGCCAGAGGGAGACGCCUCGCAGAGACCCGCUCUCCCGUGUCUGCCGGACGGCCGGAGCUGGGCGGCCACCGCCCGGCGUGACACGGCACGAGCCAUUGUGUGCGCCAGAGCAAUGCGGCUCGCAGGUAGUGCCUGCAGCACCGGACAAAAGUGACCCGUUGCCGGAGAGGCCGGCCAGUUGCUUCAGCAUCGCCGACGAGAAUACCCCGUUGGCACUUGGCCAGCUGGAGUCCAUCGUGGAAGAGGGGAGCCCUAGCUCCUGUGCAGACCUCCAAUCAGAGAACGAGGCCCUGCGCGUGGCCCUCUCGGAGUGCUUGCAGCGCCUCGAAGUCCUCGAGGCCGAGCGCGAGGAUUUCAUCUCCGAGGGCGUGUUUGAUUUGGUCAACUCGUUGUGGCUUGGCGAAGCCGGGCAAGCGAAACGCGAAAGGCAGGGAUAUACAGUCGAAACGGCAGAUCGAACGAAAUGAACAUGAGUUGAAUCAAGAGGAUGAGAGAGUGAAAAAGAACCAAAGCCCGUUCUGAGCCUGUUGGGGUCCGGUGUGGCAGGCAUGAGG